CGCUUUUGCAAGUUGGAAGAUUGCUAGCGUCAAAAUGUCGCAACUUCUUUCGGUCAAAAGCUUCGUUUACAUCGGAGACUGUAUACGAGUCGAUGAAUAUUUGAAGCCUAGCGGCAUCAACAUCAAUUGCAUUUGGGACAUUAUAAAUAUUGCAUAUAAAUUUUUGAAUAAUAUUAAAGAUUUUUUGUUGAAGAUCUAAAUUUUCAAUUAAUUCGCUGUUCCCGAAGUUUUUGAAAGCUUCCUGGUACUCUGGAUAUUUUUUUAAUUUCUUGUAUGGCUUUAAUUUUCCUUUUCUGAAGAACGCAGGAUUAAAAUCACAACCUGUGAUGGCAUGAAAUCCAGGUAAACUCUGGCAAACUAACACUCCCAACUGUGCAUGUAUUUUAGUUAGGUCCACAUAUCUUAAAUUAUUGCCAUUAAUUAAUCGAUUAAGUGAUUUCGCGAAAGAACUAAAAAAUUUAAAAUUUAAAGAAGCUCUGGUAAAUUUUCUUAUUUCACACUGGGCUACUGAUGAAGUGGUGCCAUUUAUUACCGACAAAACGAUAUACAUCAAUUUCAGAAAAUGUCAUUCUUUCUCUGUUAAUAAUUCCAACAAAGUUGUCUCAAGAGUUAAUGAAGAGUUGUCAUGCCCAUCACACGAGGAAGCAGAUACGAAGAUAGUAUACCAUGCAUGUAACAUCAACAAUUCAUCAAAAAUAGUUAUAAGAACUGCUGAUACCGAUAUUGCGGCUAUAAUGCUUGGUAACAUGCAUCACCUCAAAAGUGAUUCGGUUGUUUGGAUGCUUACGGGUACUGGCAAUAAUUUAAGAUAUGUGGACCUAACUAAAAUACAUGCACUGUUGGGAGUGUUAGUUUGCCAGAGUUUACCUGGAUUUCAUGCCAUCACAGGUUGUGAUUUUAAUCCUGCGUUCUUCAGAAAAGGAAAAUUAAAGCCAUACAAGAAAUUAAAAAAAUAUCCAGAGUACCAGGAAGCUUUCAAAAACUUCGGGAACAGCGAAUUAAUUGAAAAUUUAGAUCUUCAACAAAAAAUCUUUAAUAUUAUUCAAAAAUUUAUAUGCAAUAUUUAUAAUGUCCCAAAUGCAAUUGAUGUUGAUGCCGCUAGGCUUCAAAUAUUCAUCGACUCGUAUACAGUCUCCGAUGUAAACGAAGCUUUUGACCGAAAGAAGUUGCGACAUUUUGACGCUAGCAAUCUUCCAACUUGCAAAAGCGAGUUAUUGCAGCAAUUUUUGCGAGCAAAUUAUGUAUGUACCAUUUGGAAUAAUGCUCAUCUGAAAAAUCCAACCACAUAUCAACCAGACAAUAACGGCUGGGUAUUGAAAGAUGACAAAUACCAGUUUAAAUGGUUUGAAGGGGAUCAACUACCAAGUUAUGUUAGUGAUUCGCUCAAAAAUCAAUCAGAAACUGACGAAGAAAGCGAUAUUGACGACGAUUAUGACAUCGACUGGAGUGAAGAAGAAAAUGAAAAUAUCGACGACGACGAAACUUAUUAAAAUGAAUAUUUUUACCUGUAAUAUUAUUUUUCUUUUGCAUUUUAUUUAUUACUUUCUAUAACACGGCUGUGAAUGUUAUAAAAUUAUGAAUAAGAACUACGAACGAAAACAGCAAAAAUAAUAAAAAUCUGAUAAAAAAAGUAGUCUUCCUAUUUUUCAAAUAUCUCGAAAACUAGAUGGCAUAGGAACAUAUGGAUUUCAGCAUUUGAUAAGGAAUUAAUUUAGGCAGUUUAUUUUAUUACAACAUUUUGUAUUUAUAUCCACAGCCUUUACACA